CCUAAAGUAAAUCUAAUGGAGAAGAUUAGUCUUUUAUCCUUUUCUAUCUUCUUUCCAAUAUUCUUUAUUUCACUUUUGCAAUUUAUUCCUGAGAAUUCUGAAGCAGCACUUGCUCGUGCCUUGAUAAAGAAAGGAGAUAAAUUUGAAUUUCCUGUUGCAGGGAAGCUCUUGGUUAAACGAAAGACAAAGAAACACGAUGUAGAACAAUAUUUAUGGGCAGGAAAAUGCGGUGGAUCUGAUGGAAAACAAAGAUGGACAACAGACGGUAAAAAUCAAAUUGGAGAAGCUAAACUUGAUUGGGCAACAGGCAAUUUAAUAAUCGAAAACUUUUCCGAAGAAGAUGAGGGGGCAUAUUCCUUUCCGUUAGAGAAAGCUAGCCCAGGACUCGCAACAUCUUUAGUUAUUGUUGAAUUGAAAAAGGAUGGAGAUUAA